CAAAACCAGAGCUUUGCGAGACCAAAAUGAAUCAAAAUGUACAAAUUUUUGGCAUUCUGCUGCUUUACACUUUUGUGCGGCUCUUGGCAGCUGCCGCUUUUGAGGAUGGCAACAACAACAAUGUCAAAAUCACCAAACAUAGCCUGGAACUCACGCAAACAAUCAAUAUACAGCGUCAGGAGUUUAUGCAGCGACAGUGUGAACUGCUGGAGGCCAACAGGCAAACUGUGGAUGAUCUUACCGAGCUGCAAAUGGAUCACAUGAUUGUGGAUAAGGAGCACAAGCUGCUCUACUGCUAUGUGCCCAAGGUGGCCUGCACAAACUGGAAACGGGUGCUGAUGCUCUUGACGGGCAAGUGGCAGAAUGGCACGGAUCCGCUGCAGAUACCUGGGUCGCUGGCGCAUUCGGUGGGCAUGUUCACCAAAUUCUACGAUCUGAGCGAGGAGGAGCGCGCCCAGGUGCUCAGCGAAGAGUACACACGCUUUAUUCUGGUACGGCAUCCAUUUGAGCGGCUGCUCUCCGCGUAUCGCAAUAAGCUGGAGGGUGGUUCGCCCAGCGCACGCUACUUUCAGUCCCGUGUGGGUCGUCAGAUUGUGCGGGAGCUGCGCCCCGGUGCUAGCAACGAGUCCCUUAAUCAGGGCAACGAUGUUCAGUUUGGCGAGUUCGUGCAGUAUUUGCUGACGCCGGAGCUUAGUCGCACCAACCAAACGGACUACAAUGAGCACUGGGAGGUUAUUGCCAAACUGUGCAAUCCCUGUGUCAUGAAGUACAACGUUGUGGGCAAAUACGACACCUUACUGGAUGACUCCGCCUUGGCGCUGUAUCUGGCGGGUGCCAAGAACUUGACAUUCCCCACUGGCCACAAGCCGUCCAGCACGCGCGCCAAUCUGCGAAAUUACUUUGAUCCACUGCCCAUUGGCGCCAUACGGCAUCUGUACGAAAUCUAUGAGGAGGACUUUCGUCUGUUUGACUAUGGCAUGGAUGAUGUUUUAGGCUUUGAAUUCGGCUGAUUACUUACUAAAUAUAUAUAUAUGUUAUAUGUAUUUAUUAAAGUGAUUUACAGCAUCCGAAUCAUUUAUACUGUGACCAUGACGCUUUCCCCUGGAAAUCUUUGUGAUUUUAGCAAUAUUUAGUUUUACAGAUACUUGCUAAUAGUUUUGUAAUUGUAAGUUUCUUAUUUAAUCAGCGGCAUGCGAAUAUUAGCUUAGAAUAUUAUAAAUAGUACAAUAUUAGGGAGGUUUUAUGUUGUAAAUAACAAAGGAAUAACUCAAAUAUUAAUAUUCUACAACCCAUACAUAAAUUAAUUUGUAUUCUAAACAAAUCGUGUGUUCGGCAAAUAUGUGUUUAUAUGUUUGUCUUAUAUAUGAAGUAUUUUUA